CCCGGCAUUCCGUCCCUGCCUCGCUCGGCGUAUCGUCGUCCUUUACCGGGAGGAGAUGAGCUCGCAGAGGGCGGCGGUGCCGGAGGACAGCGUCGUUUCUCCCCCUCACCGCAUCGCGCUCUCGCUGUGCACGCCGUUCGCAAGGUGUUUCACCACCUGAGCGACUUGUUUUCCAACAAGAAAAGGACGUCACGGACAAAGGAGACGUAACCGGCUCCGUGAUAGUUUAAUUGUACUUUCCCGACUGCACGGAGAGAGACCGACUUCUGUAUCCCGCGUUUCCAACUCAUUAAAUGCUCUUAUCGAGUGAUUCUGGAAGAAGCGGAGUAGAUGGAGGAACUGUGCGGAUGAAUACGCUAUUCUGAAAGAGAUUUUUCUCGCUUUCCACCGUCAGUUUCUCCGGUAAGAUUAACCGCGACGAGCCGAGCAAGAAGUUUAUUCCUGUGGACAAAAAGUGGAAGAAAAAAGCGGCUACACAGCGGCGUCACCCGGGAGAGGAGGUCCCCCGUCACGCGCACGAACAGACGUACAAGCACAGAAGGGAGUGACACCAGUUGGCAGUGGACCAUUGCCAUUCCCCUCAACAAGUUGCUGUACAGCAGCAUGCAUGUGUGUUUGCCAGCAGCACAAGCAGAAGCACUAUGGAAGUAAAAGAGCGACGUCCGUACUGCUCACUCACCAAGGGCCGAAGGGACAAGGAGGGGCCGUACACUGGGGACAGUGAAGACUGCGCUAUUGGUCCCCAGGGUCUCCGGGUCCCCACCCAGAAGUCCUACUCUUCCAGUGAAACUCUCAAGGCUUUCGACCAGCACCAAGACCAGACCAGGUUACUGUACGGGACGACCAAGGGUUACAAGGACAUGGUCCAUCGUGAGCAGGAUGAUUAUAACAGACAAGGGCAGCAUUUCAGUCUUCGCCAGCUGGGGAUCUGCGAGCCCCCUCCGCGCCGCGGCCUGGCCUUCUGCUCCGAGGUGGGCCUCCCGCACCGCGGCUUCUCGGUGGGCACGACCCAGGACGGAGAUGCCGACAGUCAGGCCGUGAUGUCGCCAGAGCGCGCUAUGCGGCUGUGGGGCCGCGGGGGUCUGGGGAAAACCUCGGGGAGGAGUUCCUGUCUGUCCAGCCGCUCCAACUCGGUGCUGACCCUCACCGACACCGAGCACGAGAACAAGUCGGACAGCGACAACGGUUCUCCAAUGCCCUCCCCCUCUUGUCCAUCAUCUGUCAUUGACCACUCACAUCCACAAUCAGCCACUCCACAUGGCAAACUGUCACUAGUCAACGUGGCUGAGCCAGACUCAGAGGAAGAGGAGGAGGAGGAAGACGAUGAAGAGGAGUAUGCAGCCAGAUUGUACUUAGCUGUAACACAUGAGCAACCCUCCAAUCACCACGGCAACGCCUUGCCUCCGGUGCCUCCUCCCCAGCGACGGCAGCCCUCAGUAACGGCUCUCAACCAGUCCCUGGGCCCCACGCACCACGCCGGCCAUUCGCUGAACUCGACGCGGCAGCUAACCCCUCCUACUGGAAACCCGGCCGCUGUGGCCGGCCAAUCACCAGCCGAGCUGCAGACCACGCCCCCCGAGAGUGUCCCGCUGCAAGACAGCUGGGUGCUGGGUAGCAAUGUGCCUCUGGAAACAAGGCACUUCCUCUUUAAGACAGGUACAGGCACCACCCCCCUCUUCUCCACGGCAACUCCUGGCUACACCAUGGCAACCGGUUCAGUGUACUCCCCGCCCACCAGGCCGCUGCCGAGGAACACCCUUUCCCGCUCUGCCUUCAAGUUCAAGAAAUCCUCCAAGUACUGCUCAUGGCGGUGUACCGCCCUGAGCGCAGUAGGACUGUCUGUGCUGCUCUCCAUCCUGCUCUGUUAUUGCAUAGCGAUGCACCUGUUUGGUCUCAACUGGCAGCUUCAGGAGAGUGAGGGAUACGGAGCGUUUGAAACGGAGAGAGGAAGAGACACAACUCCUAACACCUUUAUGGUGUCGUCUACAGAUAAUGGUAAAAUGUUUCUUCUUGAGAACAGUACCAUAGACACCGGGGAGUUAGAUGUUGGUAGACAAGCCAUACAAGAUGUCCCACCAGGUGUAUUUUGGAGGUCUCAGCUGUACAUCGAUCAGCCGCAGUUUUUGAAAUUCAACAUCUCGGUCCAGAGAGACGCUCUAGUUGGAGUGUAUGGACGCAAAGGCCUGCCGCCCUCACACACACAGUACGACUUUGUGGAGCUACUGGACGGUAGUCGUCUCAUUUCCAAACGAUCGCUCAGUGACGUGUACGUGGGACACGCACACCCAGCUGCUGCACAUGAGAAUGAGGCUGGACGAGGAGCCCGUCGUGCACGCUCAGUGAACGUGCACGAGGCCGGCUUCAUCCAAUACCUGGACACAGGAAUCUGGCAUCUGGCAUUCUACAAUGACGGACGCAAUGCAGAACAGGUCUCCUACAAUACCGUCGUUAUAGAGUCGAUUAUGGAGUGUCCUCAGAAUUGUCAUGGAAACGGAGAUUGUCUCUCAGGAAUAUGCCACUGUUUCCCAGGAUUUCUAGGCCCUGACUGCUCUCGAGCUUCCUGCCCGGUGCUGUGCAGUGGCAACGGACAGUACUCGCGUGGCCGCUGCCAGUGCUACAGCGGCUGGAAAGGCACUGAGUGCGACGUGCCGACCAACCAGUGCAUCGACAUCCAUUGCGGAGGACACGGCAUCUGCAUAGUGGGUGCCUGCAUCUGCAACACGGGUUACAAGGGCGACAAUUGUGAGGAAGUGGAUUGCAUCGAGCCCAGCUGCUCAGCCCACGGAGUGUGUAUCCAUGGGGAGUGUCAUUGUCAGCCCGGCUGGGGCGGAGCCAGCUGUGAGAUCGUAAAGGCCAUGUGUCCGGACCAGUGUUCAGGCCACGGCACCCACAACGCAGACACCAGCACUUGUACCUGCGACGACCACUGGACCGGGUCCGACUGCUCUUUAGAGGUGUGUGAGGUGGACUGCGGCAGCCAUGGCGUGUGUUACGGCGGCGUGUGUCGAUGCGAGGAGGGCUGGACAGGAGCGCUGUGUGACCAGAAGGCCUGCCACCCUAUGUGCAGCAAGAACGGAGUGUGUAAGGAGGGGAAGUGUGAGUGUGACCAGGGAUGGACAGGCGAGCACUGCAACAUUGCUCACAAUCCGGACAUUAGAGUAAAAGAGGGUUGUCCUGGUCUCUGCAACAACAACGGACGGUGCACUCUGGAGGCCAGCGGCUGGCACUGCAUCUGCCAAUCAGGAUGGAGAGGGGCGGGAUGUCACGUGGCUAUGGAAACACUGUGCACCGACGGCAAGGACAACGAAGGAGAUGGCUUGACUGACUGUAUGGAUCCAGACUGCUGUUUGCAGCCUUCUUGUCAGAACCAGUUAUACUGCAAAGGGUCACCUGACCCAGGGGAGGUGCUCAGCCAAUCUCUGUCCUCCCUGGUUCCUCAGCAGGCUGCCCGCUCUUUCCACCAGCGCAUACAUUUCUUAGUUGGCCCUGAAUCCACUCACGUCAUCCCUGGAGACAGUCCGUUCAAUAAGAGCUUGGUGUCCAUAAUUCGAGGGCAGGUGUUGACAGCUGACGGAACUCCUCUGAUUGGAGUCAACGUGACGUUUGUCCACUUCGCUGAACAUGGAUACAGUGUAACGCGCCAGGAUGGCAUGUUCGAUCUCCUGGCCAAUGGGGGGGCGUCCCUAACAUUGAGCUUUGAGCGCGCUCCCUUCCUCACUCAGUACAGAACAGUGUGGGUGCCGUGGAACGUCUUCUAUGUGAUGGACACACUGGUCAUGAAGAAGGAGGAGAAUGACAUUCCUAGCUGUGACCUGAGUGGCUUCAUCAGACCCAGUCCUGUCAUCGUUGCAUCUCCUCUUUCUACGUUUUACAGAAGUUCGAGUGAGGAUGGCCCCAUCAUACCUGAAACACAGGUUUUACAGGAAGAAACCUCAAUACCAGGCAGCGAUCUAAACCUGAUCUACCUGAGCUCCAGAGCAGCGGGCUAUAAACCCAUCCUCAAAGUCACCAUGACCCAAUCGUCAAUACCUUUCAACCUGAUGAAGGUUCACCUGAUGGUGGCAGUCGUGGGACGCCUCUUUCAGAAAUGGUUCCCCGCCCAACCAAAUCUCUCUUACACCUUCAUCUGGGACAAGACGGAUGCCUAUGGCCAACGCGUGUACGGUUUAUCCGAGGCAGUUGUGUCCGUGGGGUUUGAAUACGAGUCCUGCCUGGACCUCAUCCUCUGGGAGAAGAGAACAUCCAUUCUGCAAGGCUAUGAGCUGGAUGCAUCCAACAUGGGGGGAUGGAUGCUGGAUAAACAUCACAUCCUGGAUGUACAAAACGGUAUACUGUACAAGGGCAAUGGUGAGAACAUAUUCAUAUCCCAGCAGCCCCCGGUCAUCAGCAGCAUCAUGGGAAACGGACGUCGCCGCAGCAUCUCCUGCCCCAGCUGUAACGGGCAGGCAGAGGGCAACAAGCUGCUGGCGCCUCUGGCUCUGGCCUGCGGAGCUGAUGGCAGCAUCUUCGUCGGAGACUUCAACUACAUCAGGAGGAUCUUCCCCUCUGGGAAUGUUACCAGUGUCAUGGAGCUGAGAAACAAAGAUUUCAGACAUAGCAGCAACCCAGCUCACCGCUACUACUUAGCCACAGACCCAGUAAGCGGGCAGCUCUAUGUGUCGGACACCAACUCUCGACGAAUCUACCGCCCAAAGAUGCUCAGCGGCGCCCGUGACCUCAUCAGUAAUGGAGAAGUGGUGGCUGGUACAGGUGAGCAAUGCCCUCCAUUUGAUGAAGCACGAUGUGGAGAUGGAAGGAAAGCUACAGAGGCACAACUACUGGGACCUAAAGGCAUUGCAGUUGAUAGAAACGGUUUGAUCUACUUUGUGGAUGGGACUAUGAUCAGGAAAAUAGACCGUAAUGGAAUCAUCUCCACCAUGCUGGGCAGCAACGACCUGACCUCUGCACGACCUUUAACCUGCGACACCAGCAUGCACAUAAGACAGGUUCGGUUAGAGUGGCCCACCGAUCUAAACAUCAAUCCCAUGGAUAACUCCAUCUAUGUCCUGGACAACAACGUGGUGUUGCAGAUCACUGAAAAUAGACAGGUUCGCAUCGUGGCAGGCCGCCCCAUGCACUGCCAGGUACCUGGUAUAGAAUACACUCUGGGGAAGAGAGCGGUCCAGACCAUGCUAGAGGGAGCCACAGCCAUCGCUCUGUCCUACAGCGGUGUCCUCUACAUCGCCGAGACGGACGAGAAGAAGAUUCACCGCAUCAGACAGGUGUCGACUGAUGGAGAAAUUACCCAUCUAGCUGGAGAGCUGUCUGACUGUGACUGCAAGAACGAUGCCAACUGUGACUGCUAUCAAACAGGAGAUGGCUAUGCUAAAGACGCCAGGCUUAAUUGUCCUUCGUCUUUGGUGGUGUCUCCAGAUGGGACGCUGUACAUGGCUGAUCUGGGAAACAUCCGGAUUCGAGCCAUACGAUGCAACCAGCCACCUACGGGCUCUCUGGCUUCAGGUCCCAGCUCGUAUGAAGUGGCUUCUCCAGCUUCCCAAGAGCUUUAUGUGUUUGAUGGAAAUGGGACUCACCAGUUCACCAUGUCUCUGGUCACUGGUGAUUAUAAAUACAACUUCAGCUACAGCAAUGAUGAGGAUGUAACCGCUGUGACAGACAGCAGUGGGAAUACCCUCCGGAUCCGUAGAGAUACCAACAGAAUGCCUGUACGUGUGGUCGCCCCCGACAACCAGGUUAUCUGGCUGACCAUCGGAACUAAUGGCGGACUCAAGACUCUCACGGCUCAGGGUCAGGAACUGGUCUUGUUUAGUUACCAUGGCAACAGUGGGUUACUCGCUACCAAAAGCCUCCAAAUAGGCUGGACUACCUUCUAUGACUAUGACAGCGAGGGCCGUCUGACUAAUGUGACCUUCCCCACCGGCGUGGUAACCAAUCUCCACGGCGACAUGUCGUCAGGGGCUGUUGCUGUGGACAUCGAGACAUCAGGGAGGGACGAGGACGUUUCCAUCACUACCAACCUGUCAUCGAUAGACUCCUUCUACACGCUGGUGCAGGACCAGCUUCGUAACAGCUACCAGGUGGGGAAUGACCAUUCGCUGCGGGUCAUCUAUGCCAAUGGGAUGGACACACACUACCAGACGGAGCCCCACAUACUGGCAGGUGCUGCUAACCCAACGGUAGCCCGACGCAACAUGACACUGCCGGGAGAGAAUGGCCAGAACCUGGUGGAGUGGAGGUUCAGGAAGGAACAGACCCGCGGGAAAGUCAUUGUCUUUGGGAGGAAGCUCAGGGUGAAUGGUAGGAACCUGCUGUCUGUGGACUACGAUCGCUCACUCCGAACAGAGAAAAUCUAUGACGACCACAGGAAGUUCCUCCUGAAGAUAAUCUACGACACCCAAGGCCAUCCGACACUCUGGGUUCCCAGCAGCAAGCUUCUGUCAGUUAACCUUACCUACUCGAGUACGGGACAGGUGACAGGCCUCCAGAGGGGUCCAACCACCGAGAGGUGGGAGUACGACAAUCAGGGAAGAAUCAUUUCCCGGGUCUUUGCUGAUGGAAAGACGUGGAGCUACACCUACUUGGACAAGUCCAUGGUCUUGCUGCUGCACAGCCAGCACCAGUACAUCUUUGACUAUGACUCGGGGGACCGGCUGUCAGCGGUCACCAUGCCCAGCGUGGCACGCCAUACCAUGCAGACCAUCAGAUCCAUAGGGUACUACAGAAACAUCUACAGCCCCCCAGAGAGCAACGCCUCAGUCACUGUGGAUUACUCGGAGGACGGGCAGCUCCUCGGGGUCGCCCAUCUGGGCACCGGCCGGCGCAUACUCUACAAAUAUCGUAGACAGAACAAGCUGGCAGAGAUCCUCUAUGACUCAACGCGGGUCAGUUUCACAUAUGAUGAGACCGCUGGUGUGCUGAAGACCGUCAACCUGCAGAGCGAAGGCUUCAUCUGCUCCAUCCGGUACCGGCAGAUCGGCCCGCUGGUCGACCGGCAAAUAUUCCGCUUCAGCGAGGACGGGAUGGUGAACGCGCGCUUUGACUACACCUACGAUAACAGCUUCAGAGUCACCAGCAUGCAGGCUGUGAUCAAUGAGACACCACUGCCAAUAAUCAUCUCCACAGCAGUGAUGACCUACACCAAGCACUUCGACCAGCACGGCCGCAUCAAGGAGAUCCAGUAUGAGAUCUUCAGGUCUCUGAUGUACUGGAUCACCAUUCAGUACGACAACAUGGGCCGAGUCACCAAGCGGGAGAUCAAGAUUGGACCAUUCGCCAACACAACCAAAUACGGUUAUGAGUAUGAUGUUGACGGACAGCUGCAGACGGUGUCCCUCAAUGAGAAGAUGAUGUGGAAGUAUAACUAUGACCUAAAUGGGAAUCUGCAUUUGCUGAAUCCGGGUAACAGUGGUCGGUUGACCCCCCUACGCUACGACCUGAGGGACAGAAUCACUCGUCUGGGAGACGUUCACUACAGGCUGGAUGAAGACGGUUUCCUGAGGCAGAGAGGAGCUGAGAUAUUUGAAUACAACUCCAAAGGUCUUCUGGUCCGGGUUUACAGUAAAGCGGCCAGUUGGAGCAUCCAGUACCGUUACGACGGUUUGGGUCGGCGUGUGGCUUCUAGAAACAGUCUGGGCCAACAUCUGCAAUUCUUCUACGCUGACCUGAACUACCCCACCAGGAUCACCCACGUCUACAACCACUCCAGCUCCGAGAUCACGUCCUUUUACUACGAUUUGCAGGGCCAUGUGUUUGCCAUGGAGAUCAGCAGUGGAGAGGAGUUCUAUAUCGCAUGUGAUAACACCGGGACACCGCUGGCUGUCUUCAGCAACAACGGACUGCUGCUCAAACAGGUGCAGUACACGGCGUACGGGGAGGUUUACUUUGAUUCUAACCCAGACUUUGUUCUGGUGAUUGGUUUCCACGGAGGCCUGUAUGAUCCUCUGACACGACUGCUGCACUUUGGAGACAGAGACUACGACAUCCCAGCUGGAAGGUGGACAACUCCUGACAUCAGCACAUGGACACGUGUUGGUAAAGACCCACAGCCCUUCAACCUGUACAUGUUCCGAGGCAACAACCCCAUAAGCAAGAUUCAGCAGGUCAAAGAAUAUGUCACAGAUGUCAACAUCUGGCUGGUCACAUUUGGCUUCCAUCUCCACAAUGCCAUCCCAGGAUUCCCCAUUCCCAAGUUUGACCUGACGCAGCCGUCACUGGAGAUGAAGAAGAGCCAGCUGUGGGACGACCUGCCUUCUAUCUCAGGUGUCCAGCAGGAGGUAACUCGUCAGUCUCAGGCCUUCCUGUCCUUUGAGCGCAUGCCAGAGAUCCAGCUCACCCGGCGGCAUUCGGACCACGCCAAACCCUGGCUCUGGUUCUCCACUGUCAAGUCUCUGAUUGGGAAGGGAGUGAUGCUCGCCGUGAUCCAAGGCCGCGUUGUGACCAACGCCCUCAACAUCGCCAAUGAGGACUGCAUUAAGGUGGCUGCCGUCUUAAACAAUGCCUUUUACCUUGAUGACCUACACUACACAGUGGAGGGACGAGACACACACUACUUCAUCAAGACCAGCCUGCCGGAGAACGACCUCAGCGCGCUGCGCCUCACCUCGGGCAGGAAAUCCCUGGAAAACGGUGUGAACGUCACUGUGUCCCAGUCCACCACGGUGAUGAACGGGAGGACGCGGCGCUUCGCCGACGUAGAGCUGCAGUAUGGCGCCCUGGCGCUCCACGUGCGAUACGGGACAACGCUGGACGAAGAGAAGGCGCGAAUCCUGGAGCACGCCAGGCAGAGGGCGCUGGCGAGCGCCUGGGCCCGCGAACAGCAGCGGGUCAGAGACGGGGAGGAAGGAGUCCGGCUCUGGACGGAGGGAGAGAAAAGGCAGCUGCUGAGCAGCGGCAAGGUUUUGGGCUACGACGGCUACUAUGUGUUGUCCAUAGAGCAGUACGCCGAGCUAGCUGACAGCGCUAACAACAUGCAGUUCCUACGGCAGAGUGAGAUAGGGAGGAGGUAACACGGCGUCAACAAACCCCGCCUGACUGUCAAAGACUAACAACAAACUGUCCCGAGACUGACCCCAUGUUUGCAAAUGAGUUUUCUGCUGAGAAGUGAGAUUUAUAGUGAGCGAACACCCGAAACACAAACUACAGUAGUGAUAGUUAAGAACUGUCGCCGUGCGCCCUGCAACAAGUUUAACUCUCUCUCUCUCUGUCUUUUUCUAUCUAUAUUUUCUUUCUCCCCACUAUCAUCAGCCUUUGGUCAGCCUGCACGCAUGUCCCUCCCCUCCCUCUGGUAGGCGGGGCUAACCCGAGUGCUAUAAUGGUGUGCUGUGUGGCUGUGAAACAGCGGGGGGUAGAGACUCAUCCAAGGAGAUAAGGCUUCAAGCAUUUAGGCAGCUUACACCUAACAGACGUCUAUGGAUCCCCAUCGAAUGUUGCAGGUAUCAGACCUGUGGCCCGUCACUCUGGGUUGUGUCCACAUGAGCCAUCGGACCAGGACCUGGAACUGUUGUGGACUCUCUAAGAGAGACGGGCACAAAAAAACGUUUCUACGAGGGACAAAAAAAGACUUUAUUUUCUGUUUGUUUUUUUGUUUUGUUUUUAUAUAUAAACUUGCAUUUGCUUCAGACAAGAAGGGGAUAUAAAAUAAUGAAGAAAAUAACAUUUACAUACUAUUACCUAUACCACUAUUACUACUAUUGUUACACCUGAUCUGAACUAAACACGACUCUGAGUUGUGUCUGUUUCCUUCUUUUCUAUUAUGCGUUUGGUCAGUUCUGAAGCCAGUUCUUCUCAUUCCUCUUUCCUUCUACAAGGUUUAUAAAUUGUACAGACUUUGUCAGACUACAAUCAAUAGCGGAUUUUGAGGAACCGAGUGGGCUCACCGGUCUGGUUAAACACGUGUGCCCUGUCAGCCCCUCGCUUCUGUCAAAUGGGGCUCAUAAUGCAUAGCCCUUGUACUUUUAUCGGUCAGAGGUAGUAGUAAUGCUUGCAAUAGAAACAUGUUGUCAUGGCUUUGGGGGGGUGGGGGGGAGAAGGGUUGCUGUGGGUAGUGACUAAUAGUUGCUUCUCUCUUUGUUUUUUGCUCUUAAAGGGACAGUGAAUUGCCAUCAGUGACUUUAAUGAGUAACAGUAAUCAGAAAUCGAUGUGGAUGUUUUCUCAUUGAUUGUGGGUCUCUGUGCUCUCACAGGACUUUUCUUUGUGUGUAUGUGUGUUUACAAGGUUGGGAAGGCAUCUGAAAUCAUUUCGAAGGAAAGAACAGGAACUGUACACAAAGUGUUAACGUCAUAUGCCACCAAUCAUUUUUCAAAGACAAGUUGACAAUGUUUUAUGGGUUGAUCUUCUUUAUUUUGAAGAAAAGUUCCAGUUAUUCGUACAUCAAUAUUAGUCUCAGAGAAAGUAAUUUAUGUACAGUGUUUCUACAGUAAAGAAUAAAACUCCUUGAAACUA